AUGGCGCUCCUGGUGCUGCGCGGCUGCGCCGCGCCAGCCGUCCACGCGGCCCCGGCGGGGUCCCGGCUGCUCCCGCCGCCGCCGCCGCGGCGGCGGCGGCCUCCUCCGCGCCGUCCGGCGAGGUGGCGUCGUCGUCCCAGGACGUCCGCGGCUACGGGAUCGUGGGCGGGCCCAACGGCAACGCCGUCGCUCCCGCUCCCGCCACCAAGUCCACCGUCGUCGAGACCACCGUCGAGAGGGUACGCUUGCUCCCCAUCUAUCUGCUCCAUCGCCUUCUGCUCGCCUCCAGGGUCUUCUACCGGUCUGACGCCACCGCCGCAGGUGAUCUUCGAUUUCCGGUUCCUGGCACUCCUCGCCGUCGCCGGGUCACUCGCCGGCUCCAUCCUGUGCUUCCUCAAUGGAUGUGUCUUCAUCAAAGAGGCAUACCAGGUUUAUUGGUCGAGCUGUGUUAAGGGGAUUCAUACGGGGCAGAUGGUCCUCAAAGUCGUAGAGGCCAUCGAUGUGUAUCUUGCUGGAACAGUCAUGUUGAUAUUUGGGAUGGGUCUUUACGGUCUCUUCAUCAGCAACGCGUCCGCAGAUGUUCCUUCUGAAUCCGACCGUGCGCUGAGUGGAUCGUCGAUGUUCGGGAUGUUCGCUUUGAAGGAGCGCCCGAAGUGGAUGAAGAUCACCUCCCUUGACGAGCUCAAGACAAAAGUGGGGCAUGUCAUCGUGAUGAUUCUGCUUGUGAAGAUGUUCGAGAGGAGCAAGAUGGUGACAAUAGCCACGGGGCUAGACCUCCUCAGCUACUCGAUUUGCAUCUUCUUGUCGUCAGCUUCUCUGUACAUACUGCAUAUGCUCCACAAGGGCGACCCUGAGGACUGA